AUGGCAAGCCUACGAAAAACCCACCCACUAAUAAAAAUCGCCAACGACGCGCUAGUCGAUCUUCCCACACCAUCUAAUAUCUCUGCAUGAUGAAACUUUGGAUCCCUUCUAGGAUUAUGCUUAAUUACUCAAAUCCUAACCGGACUGUUCUUAGCCAUGCAUUACACUUCUGACAUCUCAACCGCAUUCUCAUCAGUAGUCCACAUUUGCCGGGACGUCAAUUACGGCUGACUUAUCCGCAACCUACACGCCAACGGGGCAUCAUUCUUUUUUAUCUGUAUUUAUAUACACAUUGCUCGCGGCCUAUACUAUGGAUCCUACCUUUACAAAGAAACCUGAAAUAUUGGAGUAGUCCUACUCCUAUUAGUUAUAAUAACGGCCUUCGUUGGCUACGUCCUCCCAUGAGGACAAAUAUCUUUUUGAGGCGCUACCGUAAUUACAAACCUACUAUCAGCAGUCCCCUACAUAGGAGAUACUCUCGUCCAAUGAAUUUGAGGUGGCUUCUCAGUAGAUAAUGCAACACUAACACGAUUUUUCGCAUUCCAUUUCCUAUUACCAUUCAUCGUCGCCGCCGCAACCCUCCUACACCUACUCUUCCUGCACGAAACAGGAUCAAAUAACCCAAUCGGACUAAACUCCGACGCAGAUAAAAUUUCCUUCCACCCAUACUUUUCAUACAAAGAUCUUUUAGGAUUUGUAAUAAUAUUAUUAGCUCUCACAUCAUUAGCACUAUUUUCCCCAAAUCUACUAGGAGACCCAGAAAACUUCACCCCAGCAAACCCACUAGUUACCCCUCCACACAUUAAACCAGAAUGAUACUUCCUAUUUGCCUACGCCAUCCUACGAUCUAUUCCAAACAAACUAGGAGGGGUCCUUGCACUAUUAUUUUCCAUCCUAGUACUAAUAGUAGUGCCAAUCUUACACACCUCAAAACAACGAGGACUAACAUUCCGCCCAAUCACCCAAUUCCUAUUCUGAACCUUAGUAGCAGACAUGAUUAUUCUGACAUGAAUUGGAGGCAUACCCGUAGAACAUCCAUAUGUCAUUAUUGGACAAAUUGCAUCAGUCCUUUAUUUCGCAUUAUUCCUCAUUUUAACCCCACUAGCAGGGUGAUUAGAAAAUAAAGCACUAAAAU